GUUCUUUUUCAACUUUAGUGGAUAAAAUAUAUUGUAGAAAUUCGUUACUGCACACAAUUAUAUAACUCGAUUUAGUUCAGUGAAGGUCAAGCUAACAUUAAUAAAAAACAUGUCGAGAAUGUCACGUAUGUCGGUGGCGGAGCGGCCCUCGUCAAGACCCUCAAAAGCAGUGGUCUCCAAAAAGGCACCGCCUCGAGACCGGUCCUACGAUGACGAUGCUUUCGUUCAACUCUUCGCCCAUCGCGGGGGCCGUGACAUUAUAAUUAUGGAUGCCCAGGGGUCGCCUCUGCGUUCCACCUCCUCCCAGAAGCGCACUAUCAUGUAUGUCAGCAACCUGAAACCGCUGCUAUUUAUGGCCCGGAAUGUGGUCAGGGAUCUGGAUCCAUCCAAUGAUAUUACCUUUAUGCGUAUUCGAUCUAAUAUCGGCGAAAUCCACAUGACAUUGGGAACCGAUUUCAAUAUGAUUGUUAUUCAGAGAUUCCGCCGAAAGUUUGGAACCAAGCAAUAAUUUGUUUUAUUUCUCAAUUAAAUUUAAUGCAAGCAACUAAA